UUUCAUUUCCUGUCUAUUUUUAAAUGUAUGGUGCACAAUAAAGAAUAUUUACUUACUUACUUAAUAUUAACAAAAAAUAUUAUAUCUCGUCGUGUGCAGUCUGGAGUGUCUGGACCGCCGCCAUCAGAGCGCUCUCUGCUGGCUGAUAGCCGUUACGAGUAUCUUAUCAGUCGCCUUUAUCAGUAUUUAGUCGUAUUAUUUGAUGCGCGCUCGUUGCUGUGCCUAAAUAUAACCAUACGGAGUUGCAGGUGGAGAGCGCGAAGGGUGUGGCGGUGACGCCACCGGCGCGCCCCGUGGCGAGGCGCGCCGCCCUUACACUUGAUGAGCUAUAUGACCUCUGCAGGCAAACCUUCACCGUCAUCAGCCUACGCGUGCUGCAGCAUGCGGUGGUGGCGCGCACGGCUCGUGCCCUUCGGGGCGCUGCUUGCGCUUGCCUCUCUACUGCUGCUGCUGCCACUGCAGGACCCGUCCCCGCCGGCCCUGCCCCGCACCACGCUCGUGCCAGUUAUGGCGCCGCUUCACGUCCAAGCGCACGAACCGUCGAGUCCCGUGAACGAAGCGCGACCGACCCUGCCCCCCGAGUGGACAAGCGACAAGGACGACGAAGUGCUUCCGGCGGGCGCGGUGCGCACGCGCGACCGCUACGUGCCGGGCCACACGCGCUCGCACGCCGAGCUGUGCCCGGCGCGCGGCGCGGGCACGCGGCUCGUCGUCCUCGUGCCGUCCGCGCCAGUGUACUUCCGACAGCGCGAGGCCGUGCGUCUCACGUGGGGUCACGCGGCGCGUCGCACCGACAUCACGCUAGCUUUCAUGCUGGGCGCGCCGCCGGCCGCCCUGCGCGCCGCCGUCGACGCCGAGGACACUCUCUACGGCGACAUCGUCGAGGGCCACUACGUGGACAACUACAAGAAUCUCACACUCAAAACCCUGUCGAUGUUGGAGUGGUUCGUCCCGUAUUGCCCGCUAGCGGCGCGGCUGCUGAAAGCCGACGACGACAUGUUCAUCAACGUGGAUGGAGUGCUGCGGUUCGCGGAGGCGCCGGCGCGCAGUCGCGCCACGCGCACCGUGUGGGGCAAAGUGUGGCGCAAUGGGCGGCCGGCGCGCAACGCCAGCUCCAAGUUCUUCGUGCCCGCGGAGGAGUUCCCGGGGGCGACGUACCCGCCGUACGCCAACGGGCCGGCGUACCUGGUGUCGGGCGACGCGGCGGGCCCGCUACUGCGCGCAGCGCUGGGCGCGCGCUGGCUGCGUAUGGAGGACGUGCUAGUGACGGGCGUUGCGGCGGCGCGCGCGCGGGUGCUGCGCGCCGACGCGCCGGCGUUUCUGCGGCGGCGCUCAGCCCUGGCGCACGCGUGCGAGCUACGCGCGGCGCUGGCCGUUCACCAGGUGUCCUACGCCGACCAGUUCGACCUCUGGCGCAAGCUGCACGACCCCCAUGUCAAGUGCCCUCCUUAGCUAUUGAUUUUAAAAUAUUGUUUUGCAAUAUAAGGCUCGUGCAUACUGGGAAUUUUAAAAUCUGGCUUCUCUGGUCUGGCCUUGGUAUUUAAACUAUUUAAAGGGUGAAAAAUCCAAUGGACGUGAGAAUUCAGUAAAGAUAAAUGUAGUAGUAGUAAAACACUUUAUUCUACAAAAAGAAACAUAAAACAGGAAAGAACACACAUCAUUUGUACAAAGGCGAACUUAUCCCUUACAGGGAUCACUUCCAGUUAACCUUUGAGCAAUUGAGGAAGACUUGGAGAACGGUAAACAUCAAAAUUGUACUAAACGGAAAAAACGGAAUUAUUUAAUUUACUAAAAGAUAGGUAAACCUAUAAGUCAUAUAACCUACAAUAUAUAAAUGGGAUAUGAAAUAAAACAAAUAUGUAAAUAGUCA